UAUAUAUUGAGCUAAAACAUGCAGAUAUCACAUAUCGCAAAUCUCGUUUACAUUUACAAUAGACCCAUCAUUGAUAUAAAACAAUCAUGACUGAGAGAAAAGCUGUCAUCAAGAAUGCUGACAUGAGCGAGGACAUGCAGCAGGAUGCUGUAGACUGCUCCACAGCAGCCCUCGAGAAGUACAACAUUGAGAAGGACAUCGCUGCAUACAUCAAGAAGGAGUUCGACAAGAAGUACAACCCCACAUGGCAUUGUAUUGUCGGUCGCAACUUCGGCAGCUACGUCACCCACGAGACCAAACACUUCAUCUACUUCUAUCUGGGACAGGUGGCUGUUCUCCUCUUCAAAUCAGGGUUCCUCAAAUUUAAGUUACCAGUUGUCUUUCACGGCACCAUGUCGGAGAGAAAAGCUGUCAUCAAGAAUGCCGACAUGAGCGAGGACAUGCAGCAAGAUGCUGUAGACUGCGCCACACAAGCACUGGAAAAGUUCAACAUUGAGAAGGACAUCGCUGCAUACAUCAAGAAGGAGUUCGACAAGAAGUUCAACCCCACAUGGCAUUGUAUUGUCGGUCGCAACUUUGGCAGCUACGUCACCCACGAGACCAAGCUAUUCAUCUACUUCUAUUUGGGACAGGUGGCUGUUCUCAUCAAAUCAGGAUGA